ACUGAUUCUCUUUCCCAAUACGCAACUUCUAAUCACAAGCCACAUUAUGUCCUUGAAUCCGGCUGGUGAUGGCACAGGCACAAGCACGGCCUCGGCCACGGGCACGGGCACGAGCACAGGCACAGGCACGGGCCCUAGUGCGGGCACGACUCCGAACUACCAGCUCUAUUGGUGCUAUCAAUGCCACCGUAUGGUCCGGAUAGCGGCUGCCAAUCCAUCCGAGAUCAUUUGCCCGCGAUGCUUCGGCCAAUUCGUCGGGGAAAUCGACAAUCCUAGCCCGAGAUUAGUGGUCGACUUCACCCAGUUCGAUCCUUCUCCAGAAGCCCGAUUGCUCGAAGCCCUUUCCCUCGUCCUCGACCCUCCGAUUCGGCAUUUCAACAACCUCAGUCUCGACAAUCAGGGAUCCGAGCUUCGAGGCCGAUCUCGACUUAGACCGCGGGGUGAUGUCCCUGAUCUUGUGGAAAGAGAUUUUACGCAUCCUGAGGGUGAUUUCAUAGAGCUGAGGCCAAUGCCUAGGCCGAGGCCAAGGCCACGGCGGAGGAACCGAAGUCUUGACAGUAGAGAGAGCCUGGACCUGGAUGGCAACGGCAUCUAUGACAGGCCCUUCACUUGGAUCUUUCUUACGCCAGCUGAUCCUUCUCGUCCAAUCAUACCGCCUCCUAGGAGAGAGGGCACAGUAGCGAGAGGAAUAGAUCCUAGGGAUUUCUUUUUAGGGCGGGGGCUCGAACAGCUGAUAGAGGAAUUGACACAGAACGACCGUCCCGGCCCACCUCCGGCCCCUGACAAUGCCAUCAAUGCGAUACCGACCGUGACGAUCGAACCAAGCCACUUAAAAAAUGACUCGGAGAGUUGUCCUGUGUGCAAGGAGGAUUUCAAGGUCGGCGGGGAAGCGAGGGAACUGCCUUGCCAUCACUUGUACCAUUCGGAUUGUAUCGUCCCGUGGCUGCAGCUCCACAACUCCUGCCCGGUCUGCAGGCAGGAAGUGCCGCUUGUUUCUUAUCCCGAGGUUCCAGGGGACGACUCGGAGUCGCACGAUGAAGAAGGAAGGUGCUCCAGAUGGCUGCGACGGAGGCAUCUGUGGCCGUUUCGAGCCAGGCACAGGCAAAAUCACCCACCAGCUAACUCGUGGUGGAAUUCCUGCAGCAUUCUGUAGCUCGUUAGAUUUCGCAAUUGCCAUCGCCGGGAGAGUUCUUAAUCGAUUUGUAUGAUAGAAAACAUUGGGUAGGAUUUAAAGCACAAAAUGCAUCAUGUCCCUAACUCUAAACAGGGUGCGCUACGUUACAGGAUGAUCAUCAUCAAUCAUGGUAUGGUAGUAUGACAGAUUGACCCAGUAUGUGACCUCUAGCUUCAACAAUUAAAUCACUUCAUAUUGGAAAGACCAUUCGAAUUUGUGAU